ACCCACGCCCUGGAGCUGGGAGGAUGAGCUGGAGGCAGGGAGAUGGAUAACCUUGUGACCUCGUGUGGGUCUGAGAUGCGUCAGAUCAGGCUCUGAGGGAAGGUGGGUCCCUGAAGCUGGCUGAGUGCAUCUUAGGGAGCAAGUGUGAUGUCAUCCCAGGAAUGCAGUGAAGGCUCAGCUGUGCUGCGAGGAACCUGUGAGGAUCACAACACUGGCUGCCGUAAUUGGAGGCACCGAGGAUGGGCAGGGAGGGGCCUGAGACCAGGGGGGCAGGGAGGGAAGGGCAGAGGAUUCUUGGGCCGGCCCAGAGGAGGUGCUGCUCUCUCCCCGGUUCUCCGCUGUCCGCAGCUGCUCCACCUCCACAUCUCUGGAGUUGGACCGUGUCCUGCUGUCAUCAGAAGGCCCCGCUGCCAUGACGGACACGCCAGUCGAGGAAUCCCUCUUCCAAAUCAUCCACAGCUACCACCAGUACGCGGCCCGGGAGGGGGACGUGGAGACCCUGUCCCUGGAGGAGCUGAAGGCCCUGCUCAGGGACAACGUGCCCCGCUUCAUGGAGAGCCUGGAUGAGCCAUGUGAUUACCUGGCUCCUGGGGAGGCAAGGCCAACCCGAGUGUCUGCCCUCUGUGCCAUGCCCCCGGGUGAGCCAAGGCUGCUCAUCCGGGACCAGCACCCCUCGUCCCUGCGGGUCUCCCUUGCCUCCCUUUGGGGAACAUCAGAGGAGAGUCUGGUCCUGGGCUUAUUGGAGAUCAGCCACCAGGGUCGGGAGAAGCCGUACUUCGUCACCGAGCUGUUCCGGGCAGCGGACAAGGACAAGGACAACCAGAUCUGCUUUGACGAGUUCCUGUACGUCCUGGGCCGGCUGCUGAGGGACUACCACCUGCAGUACCACCGGCAGCUGUGCGCCCACUACUGCGCCCGGCACAGCCUCUACUAGAGGGAGCGGGCAGCCCCCCAGGCCUGCCCCAGGAGCCACGUGACCCAGCCGGGCGGCCGAGUGGAGCUCUGCCACGCGUGUCUGCGUGUGCCCGAUGUGUGUGUGCACGCAUGUGCAUGGGUGUGGAAGGACACCCGGGAGGGAAGAGAAUAAAGCAACUUCGCAGCA